AUGUUGGAGAUGGGAAGCUUUCUGAGCCUAACGAUGGAAUUACUGAUCACAGCCUCAAACGAUCCAAUGGAAGUUAUAUCCAACGAGGUAUAUUCUGAUCCUGAUAUGUUUGAAGUCGAUAAGGAUCCACGUUAUUUUCAAGAUCGGGCCAUAUUAUGUCCAACUAACGACGACGUCGACUUGAUAAAUCAGUUCAUGCUACGUAAAAUACCCGGUGAAGAACGAACGUAUUUGAGUGCUGAUAGCAUUGAUCCAAUGGAUAUAGCUGCAAGGAACAAUCCAAUUUUCACACCCGAUUUUUUGAACUCUAUCAAGGUACCAGGUCUACCAAGACAUUUACUUUGUCUUAAAAUAGGAACUCCAGUUAUGUUGCUAAGAAACAUAGACUCAAAGGGUGGCUUAUGCAAUGGUACAAGACUGCAAGUUACUCAGAUGGCUGAUCAUGUUUUGGAAGCACGGGUUAUUACCGGAGAUCGUGUUGGGCACAAAGUUUUGAUCCCUAAAAUUGUUAUAUCUCCAUCUGACCUGAAAUUACCUUUUCGAAUGAGACGGAGACAGUUUCCGCUGGCAGUUGCUUUUGCUAUGACCAUUAACAAGAGCCAAGGUCAGUCGCUCAAGCAAGUUGGUCUUUACCUUCCACGACCAGUAUUCUCUCAUGGCCAACUGUACGUCGCACUUUCCAGAGUGACAUCGAAGAAGGGUCUUAAGAUACUAAUCGUCGACAAAGAAGGGAAACCACAGAAGCAAACAACCAAUGUUCCGAUUUGCACUCAAUGGUCACAAACACGACGUUGGUCUGUGAAGGUCUUAAAGAAGUGGGUUGAUGCUGGUCCAAGAGGUGUUGAGGGUUUUUAUGCAAUGGUUGUCGACGAAGCAGGUACAAGGAUAAAUGCCUCCGUAACAAGCACUGAAUACGUUGGCAUGUUUGAUGACCAACUCGAUGAAGGAUUAUGGUACAGCCUAUCCAAGUUUUCCGUCGUCAAUUCUCCUCACGGAUGGUGCAUUAUGAUGGAUUCUAACACUAAGAUACAAAAAAUAUCACCAAGAGUAUCGAGUUAUGUUACUGAACACCGUCCUUUCACAUUUGUGAUGAGUUUACGUGCUGAUUAUGCAUUACCUAUUAGAAUCGAGAACUGCUAUGUUCUGCAAGUGGGAAGAUCGCUACCGAUUUCUAUGAGAUGUACCAUAGAAUCUCCAAAUGAUGUGGUUGUAUGUGAGUUAACGGACUGGAUAGCUAUCUCCAGCAAAGGAUGGAAUCAUGUUGUUGAUGGAGGUGGUAUUUCAAGAUUCGAAUUUGAUCCACGUUUUCCCUUUGCGCAAGAACUGAAGGACAAGUUUAUGAUAUCUUCUCAGCAUUUAAAAUCACCAUCACAAACAGUUAACACUGCCGAAGCACACUUCAUCGCUCAUAAUCGCAAUCGCAUUGUGUGA